AUGACGUCCACAGCCCCGACGGGGGCACCCCCGACUCCUCAUGUGACGCCGCCUCCGACAGACGAUAUCACUCUUGGCCAGCGAAUGAUCUCUGCGACUGCGGGAAAUAUACUGACUGGUCUCCUUGUCACUCCUCUCGACGUUGUACGAGUACGCCUUCAAUCACAAUCCCAGACCUCGACACCUGUACCAUAUAAAACACACACGACAGCAUCAUUAAAGAAUAUUCCACCGAACCUCGGCAUUACGGCUUGCUGUCGAGAAGUAUUCUGGGUGGGAAACAACGCUGAAAUCUGCCUAUUCGGAGCCCCCGAUGGCAUUCUAAGGACUCCGGCGCAGCCGGGGAUUGAUUGCGCCGUUGAAGAGACACAGCGAAGGACUUUCACGUCAACCUUUGAUGGGCUACGAAAAAUUGCCCGCAAUGAGGGUCUGUGGACACUGUGGCGCGGCCUCAGCCCGACCCUGAUGAUGGGCAUCCCCGCAAAUAUCAUCUAUUUUGCCGGGUAUGACUGGCUGCGUACUGAUGAUCGCAGUCCCAUUAAGCAAAGAACCUCGGAUGUUUAUGCACCAUUUGUGGCCGGCGCGAUAGCUCGCACCGCAGCAGCAGCGGCGACGAGUCCGGUGGAGAUGUUUCGGACAAGACUGCAGGCUACGCCCGGUCACGGCGCAGGACACUUCAAGGCUACCCUUGAAGGUUUGUACCAGAUGACGCAGACCAGCGGAUACACUUCCCUCUGGAGAGGGCUGGGGCUCACCAUGUGGCGUGACGUUCCCUUCUCUGGUCUCUACUGGUGGGGGUAUGAAAAAGUGAAAGAAGGACUGCAGCGAACGAGACACAACGGAUCACAUCAUCCGGACUCGGAGAAGGACGCGCCCUCCUCCUCGACCGCCUUUUUCGAGAGCUUCAUCGCCGGUGCCACUUCAGGCUCCUUAGCAGCUUUCGUCACUACGCCAUUCGAUGUGGGGAAAACACGACAACAGGUCUAUCGGCACAUGGACCAUGGCGGUGCCUCAAACGGAACGCACUCAGCUCCUUCAGCCUCCAAAGCUGUGGUACCCGAGCAGCUAUCCCUGCCAAAGUUCCUCGCGCAUAUCCUUAAAGAAGAAGGCAUUUCCGGCCUAUUCAAGGGCUGGGGAGCCCGCUGUCUUAAAGUCGCGCCAGCAUGUGCCAUCAUGAUCUCAACCUACGAGCUCGGCAAACGCAUGGCGCGAGAUGCCAAUGAGCGCCGACAUACAGACUGCUCAUGA